AUGUACACUCACUUACAAGCAAAGACAAUGCCAUCACGCAGGCAACCUAGCCUGACUCCUAAGGAGCAAAAAUGGUCGAGAAGCAAGGGUUCUGGAACGCCCGAGAGUUCCAGUCACGACUCAUUACUAGGACAUGGUGCAAAGUCUCAACCGUUUGGAGGCGCUUCUGUUCAUGGCCUUACCUACAAUCACCUUCGAAACGCAGAUCACCGUCUCCAUUCUUGCAUAGUCUUGUCCACUUUCUCGUUGGCGGGCCUAUCCCCAGACAAGAUCACCAAAUCCGCUCGGGGUGGGGGAUCGUUCCCACUGAACUACCUACCCGAUCAACUCGUACAACCAUGCAUAUCUGUAGACAGUGCUCGAUCUGAAGUGUACGGAAAGACAUGCGAGCAAACCCAAUACCUAGUCGCGUCCCGCGGAAGCUCUACGAGCGCAACAAACAGGCCGUUUCUGUGGUUGGUUGUGACGACACACGGAUACUUCUGUCAUGGGCCUUACGCAGUAUUCGUCUACUUGUUGAGAACCGUCUGGCAACCCACUUCCAACCGAGAGACCGUUCUCUAUCCGUUUUGUGGCAUGACUCAAACACAGCCUGGAGCUUCUGCCUUAAUGCCGAAGAACAACCAUUGCGUCAUAGGUGCUCUUGUCCAAGACCCGAUACUGGUUGAAGCCUAUCAUGUUACAGUCGAGCAAUGA